CUAUAAGACUCUGUCGCUCGCAUUUUAGAACUACAAUCCUCUUCAAAGCCGAAUUGAGAAACAGAGUCCGAGCAAAAUGGUCAUCAUCAACCUUGACAAAUCCAAUUCCACGAGAGAGAAAGUAAAAGAACCCUACAUCCGUCUCCCCGCACCCCAUUCACACAUAAUCAUCACCUCUCCGCGAGUUGUACACACACCACAAAAAGGACAACAAGAAAAUGAAGACAUAAUCCCGCCCGAAUCCGACAUUGAGGCCGCCCUAACAGCGCUUAAUGAUGACCGGGUGCACAAAUACCUCGAAUCACCACCCUAUCCAUACAAACGCGAACAUGCGCUUGCGUUUCAUCGGAGGAUGUACGAUGAUACGCAGCGGAUAUUACAGCAUCCAGUACCACCACCUGAAGAUGGAGAAGGGGAAUGGUUAUACGAUGGAUGUCCCUUUCGGGAUAUUCGGGAUACUUCUCUCUCCCCAGCUGCCGGGGCAGGAACAGAGGAGGAGGUAGCAGCUCAGGCGCCCAAAGUAGGCGAUAUAUUUAUUAGUCGAUACCCCUUUUAUGAAUUACCUGUGGACAGCGAACAGCGCAAAAAGGCGCAGGAGUAUAAUGAUUCUUUACCCGUGGGACAUGUGAAUUUGGUCUGGGGACUUGGAUUCUGGUUAUCACCCUCUCACCACCGAAAAGGUAUAAUGAGCGCCGUCCUCGGCACACUAAUCACAGAAUGGGCAAUACCCAGAAUGAAUGCACAAACGAUAAAAAGUAGUGCGUUUUUGGGGAAUCAGAGUUCAGUGGGUGUGGUUCAAAAAUGUGGAUUUGUGUUGGAGUGUACACUGGAAAAGGCGAGUGCGGAUAUGCCAGAGUAUAAAUAUGGGGGUGGUGGGAGGCAGGAUAUUGUUGUUUUGAAGUGGGUGAGAGAUUAAGACUAUGAUUAGAUUAUUGUAUUUAAGAUCACAUUCAUAAUGGAUUCAAAUAUGGAGUGCUCAAAUCAAAUCCGUGAGAAAUCAAACGCAUUAACCAAAAGGUAUAAAGGGAGCAAUAAUAGCCGAAAGACAAGGUUGUAGUUAUACUCCAGUACCACCCGGAGAAGUAUGAUAAUGACUGGGACUACGCUUCACACCCGGAGCAGCAUCGGCAGUCCCAGACCCAACAGCAACCUCCUUAUCAACUGGAUGAGUAGCGCUGACAUUGCGACUUCCCGCUGGAGUCGUGGUCGCAGAAACAGGUGUAGCAGUAGUGCUAGCACUGUGACCAACAUUAGUAUUAAUCGGUGGUGGCACAGCCUCAACCGCAGCAGGCGAAGAAGUCGCAUCCUUAAUGACUCUCCACCACUUCUCGGCGUCGUUGGGAGUAUGAGCCUUGAACUGAAACUCGCUCGUGGUCGAAAAGGCGUUGCCGACUUUGCCGUUGGAGACGUCUUUACCCUUGACGUGGAAUUUUGCGCCGUCAAUCGCUCCGAUGAUGCAGUCCGGUAAGUAGAGUGAUAACUCCGGGGUGGGGUCCUUAGUAAAGUCGUCAUUGUCCUUGAACUCGUGCAGGUAUCGUGCGGGUGUGACAACGUAGUAUCCAGUGCUGUAACCCUUGAUCAGGGCACGGGACUUGCGCUCCAGCGUACCUUCAAUCAGGGGUCUGGUAGAGGCAUGAUCCUGGUUAGGGAAGGAAAUGUUGCUAAAUGAUCGGGGAGGUGCCUCCGGAUCAAUCAAGAUACCAUCGUUCCGCUUGACGAAAAGAUUCCAUUCAUAAUCGGCGGCAAUAUUCUGCGCGUUUUGAACGAUAUCUCCGUACAACGCGCGUUGCUGAUCCAACUGACCGCCCACGAACUGGAAGAAUGUGUUCAAGGCCAAUUGCACAGUCUCAAUAACAUGGGCCUCGAACGCGGCGAACGAAUUUUGUACUGCAAUCGUAUCAUUGCGACUGUUGUUCUCUUCGAUAACCUGCUUAUUCAACCGGUGAUUGAUACCUCGGCGCAAGACAUAAGGGUCAUGUUGCGGCUCAAUCUUGGUGUGGCCCGCCGAGCUAUACGCAGCGGCAUACUGACCCAGUAACUCAAUAUGUUUCUGCGUAACGCUGCGAGCCUUGUCGACUGCCUUUGAGACUUUGGUGGUGCCGGAUUUGAGUUCUUUGGAUUUGCUCUUGAUUUCCUUGUGGAGUCGUUCCAGGAUUGGGAGGACUUGACCCUUCAGAUUCUUUUCGAGUUCGAUGUACAUGUUGG